AUGCUGUCGCAGAUGCGACCGAGGUCCCUCCGUCCCAGCGUGGCCUCGUUGACGACGAGCCUGGACAUUCGUUGUGCCUCCAACCUCUGGGAGCCAGCGCUUAUGCUGAUGCCGACUUUGCAAGCGGAAGGCCUACGCAUCGAUGCCGUAGCUGGCAAUGUCGUCCUCGGUGAGCUAUCUCUUGCUCCGGGAGCCAGCCGCUGGUCGCAGGCACUCUCCGUGAUGUGCUCCUCGGAGGCCAUCGGGCUUUGUCCUGACCAGGUUACCUUCUCCGCAGUGCUGUCGGCUUGUGAGCGCUCCGCGCGCUGGGCCCAGGCCUCUGCACUGGUUCUGCAGCGGAUGCUGGGCAGGCGGGCCUACGAGCUUAUUUCCCCAGGGUUCUGA